AUGGUGCUCGAUGACGAUGACGAGGGCAACAGAAUCACGCACAACGAGAUAAUCCAGGGCCGGAUGAACGUCCAGAAUAAUGUGAUCAACCGUCGUCGUGUAGGCUUUAAUAUUUAUGUGUUCUCCUUUUUAGGCGGAAAUAUGAAAAGAUAGCGAAUGAUUCAUUUAAAUUGCAUUCGAAGCCGUUCUACUGGCUCAAUCGACUGUUUUCUUCAUAGUUUUAUGUUUUAAAAUACUAAGUUUUGAGGAAAUAUUUAGUGUUUUGUCUUUUUCUAUUUAAAUAUGAAAUUUGUAAAUCUUGUAAAACAUAAAAGUUAUAAAUAAUUAGAAUAGAAUAGGGUUAAGAGUUAAAAAAUACUGUUUGAAAAUUUUUAUCAGUGAGCUUUUGUUUGUACAAAAAUAUUGUUACCUAAAUUUAGUGUUAUUGUUUUAGGAGCAAUUACAAGCGUGGGAAGGCUCGGAAAUGAACAGAUUGCCAGCAGUUAGGAAGCCGGUCAACAAGUCCAAAGUCAAGUUUCAGGUAAGCUUUUGAGGUUUUGUUUUUUAAUUUAGGUAACAAAGUAUUAACAACAUCGUUUUAGGACAGUGACAUCUUCUUCAGCGCUUGUGUUAGUGGCGAUGAAGAGGAAGUUGUCGAGCUUCUUGCAAAAGGGGCUAAUGUCAACACGACAACGAUAGAUGGAGUCACACCUCUUCAUCAGGUAACAAUAUAUACAUUUAAAAUUUUUGUGUUGUUUUAAAAGUUAUAAUACUGUAUUUGUUGACCUUAUUUAUGUUAGAGCGUCAUUGAUGGAAACUUCGAAAUGGUGAGGUUUUUACUGGACCAUGGCGCUGACAUCAACGCUCAAGAUAACGAAGGCUGGACUCCUCUCCAUGCUGCUGUUUGUUGCGGGAAUCUGAAUAUCUUGGAGUAUUUGUACGACAAAGGAGCAGAUAUUACAAUCACGAAUACAGACAAGGAGCUUCCGGUAGACUUGGCGGAAGACGACACUAUCAAACAUUACCUAGAAGAAAGAUUACAAAUUCAUGGUCUGACGGCAGACGAAUGUCGCCAAAGAGAAGAGAAGGUGAUGUUGAAGGACUGUAUGGACUGGAUUCGGAACGGAGCUUAUCUUGACAAACCUCAUCCUAGGACUGGAGCUACGGCUUUGCACGUAGCAGCUUCUAAAGGCUACAACAAAUUGAUCUGUAAGUUCUUCUAUGUCUUUUGUUGAUUUUUCUAAUAUUAUGUUUUUGAAUGGUUGACGAGAUACAUUUUUGUGUUAAUGUGUGUUUUGUACUAUGUAAACAUUUUUAGCAUUACUGGUGCAAGCCGGGGCUGAUGUGAAUGCCCGCGACUUCGAAGGAUGGACUCCUCUUCACGCAGCUGCUCAUUGGGGCGAAAAAGAAGCGUGUAGGAUUCUGAUUUCACGUGGCGCCGAUGUUAACGCUGAAUCUAUUGCUGUAUGUUUAAUUUUGUUUGUAAUUUAGGCAUUUAUUACCUAAAAUUCGUUUAUCAAAUAUUAUUUUAGGGCCAAAACGUAUUACGCGUAGCUGAUGCCAACAUAUUGGAGUCGCUGGAACAAAUGGCUGAAGAGUUCGCUGCCCGAAACCAUACCUUGCCGUUGGAUCAAGUGGAUUUGAACGCUGAAGCUGACAACGACAAAGUGCAGUCUAAUGUUAACAUGCAUUCUUCUGGAAAACGGUAUGCAAGAAAUGCAAUUUUAUAAGGUUUUAUUAUUUUAGAUUAUCAAUUGGUCGCAUGAAUUCGUUAGAAAAGGAUGAGAUCAAAAAGAAGGACGAGCACGAUGAGAACGUUUCUUUGCACGGUCAGAAUGCUACACGAUCUCAACAUUCACUGUCACCUCCUCCGGCCAAAAAAGUCAACGAAAACAAGGAGAAUCCAGUCGAAGUUCAAAAGGCUGCUCCUCCUCAAGUACCACCAAAGUCUUUGUCGCUAAAGGUAUGUUUUAAUUGAAAUAUUGUUUAAGUUAUGUAAUGUCUUUCGUUACUCUUCCUUUUUAGAACAUUCAAAUGGAAGAACUAGAGGACGAAGAAUGGGAGGACGAAGAGGAAGAAGUUGAAGAGGAGUCCGAAGUUAGCAAGACCAGUAGUGCCGUUACUCCAGUCACCAACACUACGUUAUACUUACCAAAGACAUAUCAAGUACCAGGAGCUAACCGUGUAGCUAUUGUGGAGAGUGACAAAUCUCAGUCGAGCCAAUCUUCAUCUACACUGUCAGUUCAAGCUGUUCUACCAGCACCGCGAGGACCGUCAGGGUCUGAGACAUCGACAUCUUACUCGUCUGGUUCAUACUCUACCUCUGGUUCUACAUCAUUAUCAAGUUCACAAUCUGCCUCGACAUCGUCUAGUCAACCUUCUAAGUCCUUGAACGAUGACGUAUGUUAUAUUUUCUUAUUUUAUAGUUAAAGUUUACAAUUUAAUCUGUUUUAGAAUAUUUAUUCCAGUUGAGAUUAAUAUUUUUAUGUUUCAGAUACCUCGUAAAGACGAUACGCCGACCCCUCUAAGUCAACGUAAAGCGUCUUCGGUCACGUCGAGAACGGUGAAUUCACCUCGAAAACAUGAGUCGCUGGAAGAUGACGAAGUGUCUGCCGAAACCGUUUCAUCAGCUUCAGAAGCUUCGAACACGAGCGCUUCGAUAAGCUCGAUACAGACCAGAAGUCGAUCGAUGACGCCACGAGACGUAGGUUGAUUCACCUGUUUUCUGGCCUUUCUCGGCCAUGCUUCAAAUGACUCAUUUUGGUAUUAUUUUUAGACGUCUUCGAGCCUGUACAGUAGCGAUCAGAGCGUCAAAUGCACGUUGAAAGUGCAGUCGCAACCUCAGCAACCUUCUACCGCAACCCCAAAGAAAGAAGAACCUGAACAGAAGACACAGUCGGCCGAACAGAAUCAGAGCCAAAACCAGAAUCUGAAAAUGUCAGAGUUUGCGCAACCGGCAUCUCCAGUCAACAGAGCACCGUUGGCAAGAAUCUCGAUGUCGCCUUCUACAGAGUCACUGACUUCUUCCGAGUCAUCUGUUGUCUUCCGGAAACCGUGAGUUUGAAUCAAGUUUAUAACCAUAAUACAUACAUAACAAUAUCAUAAUAAUGUACGGUACGCUUGGUUUAUGUGGAACCUUGUGCGUGUGUUGUGUACUGUUGCGUUUUACUUAUUUUGCUCUGUGUCUUUACUUUCGUUAAUACGAGUUCAACACCUGCUGAUUGGUGUUGUGCUUGUAGCGGUUUUUACUUUUACUGUCAGAUUUCUGAAGUCAAGAGUGGUUUUUAGUUAUAUUUUGCCUCUAAAUGGGCUUCUAUUCUAGCGCUAUACCUCCCCACCAAGUUACUCCUACGAAGACCAGUCCAACCAAAGUGACUGUUCCUGGUUCAGCCCCAGCCAAACCCUCCUCCUCAGCAUCUUCUAUAAUUCAGCGCUUGAAUAGCUUGAACCAGCCCACUGUGUCGUCGUUAACACGGCAAAAGCCGCCUAUGUUAAGGUCCCAAUCAGUAGCCGUCGACAAGUUCGCGGCUGCCAAGUUUGGAUCCGAGAACGAGGCGUCGACGUCGGCCAAUAACCCGCCACCGUGGGUUGGACACUGGCGGAACGAGCGAGGUGUUAUUCAAGUUGGUCCCAAGCCGAGCGUCAGUGGAAUGGUGAAGGCGAACGAAGGCUACAGAGACUUCAGGACCUCCAGUGCUUUAUCCAACGGCUCCGUAUCUUCUGCUGCUUCUGAUGCUUUUCAAAAUAACGUUUUUAGAAAGUACGUAGCAUGUUUUAUAUGUUUUUUACGUUUUUUGUGUUCAAUGUGCAUUUACUUUAUGUAAUAGAGAUUUAGUUCGAGUAUUUUCUUAUAAUUAUUUUAAAUAUAUUGUUAUACAUAUUGUUAUAGGUCUAUACAACAAACUCCGCCGACACAGCCAGCUCCACAAAAGGAAAGCGAAGCCGAAAGAAAGGCCAAGUCUCGGCUUCAAAGAGCUUCACGAAGGUCCACACAAGGUGUAACACAAGAGCAGUUGAGCGAGGUCAGAGGAUGUGCUUCGAACUCCUCGUCCGCCGUCUCUACUCCAACAAGUUCGAGGCAACAGAUGAGGGUGGAGGACGAUGCUAACGGAAAGUGGAAGAAGGACAGGGUAAGUCGACCCAAGUAAUUAAACAUGAAGGCAAUAUACAGAAGAAGGGGCCACUUGUAGUAAGAGUAGUACUAACUAAAAGAUACGUUCCUAUGACCUGGUACUGACGGGAUUGUGCCGUAUAUUACUUACUGUGGGGAGUACAAUUACUAAGAGGCUGUUAAUUGUUUGGCAUGACUGUCUCUUUCAUUGCUUCUGGCUUUAAACUUUAGUUUUCUGAUUUUGGGAUUUUUAGGGCUCUCUUUGGCCUACUUCGUGUGUUCUUUUGUAAUUUCUUCAACCACUACAGCAGAAUUUUGUAGGUAUAGAUCUUUUGGGUGCUGUGUCUGACUGUGUUUGAGUUUUACUGUUUUGAUACUAGUUUGUUCCAAAAGAGUACCAUUUUACGAAUAAUUUAGAACAUAUUUUGGUACUCUUUGACCGGACUAGAAACUCUAACAUCACUUUCUAUUGUAGCCAGGGGUUGCUGUACCUAUUUAAUUUCCUUUCACUAUUAACGCUUCUUGUAUUUGGCCCAAGUUAAUGUGAUUGUUUCAGUAUGGUGUCCCCAAACAGUCAAGUCAGUCGACCGAGCCGGUUCGUUCCACCAUCCCCUCAGGCUCGUCGUUAUCUCAACUCAACCAAACCCGUACCCCGCCCACGCUUCCCGGCGAAACCCCUUCAGCGGCGAAAAUGAGACGGGCUCAGGUAAUUAUACUAUAAUAUGACGUUGUUGUAGUGGGUUUGUGUUCAAAACUGGUGAACUUUUGUUUGAUGCUUGUGGUGAUGAUGUUGUAUAUAAGUGUGGAUCAUAAUAUAUUGUAACUGUUAUGAUGAUGACUGUUGUGAGUGGUUGUUUUUAGGUAUUCCGCAACAACCGACGAGGGACAGGACCAGUCGAGAUGGAAGGCCAAAUGCAAGAACCCAUUGAGUUCGGAACACCAGUGAAACCAUCUCCGUAUUGCCAGGUUUGUUGUAGUUUUGUGAUUGGUAUGAGUAACAUAUAACACUCGAUAUUAACUUAGCUUAAACCGACUACUUUAUAGUCGCCUCAACUGCAAUGGAAGUCUAGCACUCUAAACUUUCUUUCCACUAACAGAAAGUCGAACACAGCUCGUGUUGCACCCUUUUCUCAGGUGAUUUCCACUUUUGUGUAG